UUGAAAAAUGGCAUUUAACUUAAACCUUUUGUUUUUAUUCGCCUUUAUUACAUUCGUGGGGUUCAGCGUGCAACAACAAACAAAUAGCACAAUAUGUUCUAUGGCUCCAUCGUUUGGGGUGUGUGAUGAAGAAAGUGAUGAUAAUUCAACAGAAGCUGUAAAUGUUACCACUACUACGAGAACCAUCACUCUGAGGUAUGGAUUCAGAAAUUUUACCUGUGUUCCCUUCUUAUAUAGUGGAUGUGGUGGGAACGCAAAUAAUUUCAUGUCUUAUGAGGCCUGCAGAGAAGUUUGUGGUGGUCCAACAUUAGGACGCUAAGGAUACUACUAGACUGAGACAAUUGGCAUACAUGUUUAUCGAAUCGACUGAAUAGAAAUAUAUAUGGGCUUCUUUUUGAGGGAAAAUCAUCCAAUGACUUCUCCUAUCUUGGUUGAGGCGAGAGGAAGUAUCAGACUCUUAUUAACUAAUAACCACCCUGUUCCUGCUUCUGUUUUGAGCUAGAGCCCAAAAGUGACCUGGACUCAAGGUUACUUGACAUUAAGCUUUUGAUAUCUUCGCUUUGGGAUCCAAGAGAGUUGUUCGUGUAUCAGGGAAGCGUCGGACUUCAUAAUUUUGGAGUUUUCAUGGAUGUGUUUCUUGUUGGGACAAGCCCGCCACAACCUCCCAAAACUGCUGCAACUCCUGUAAGCCAGGAUCUGAAGUAGAUACAACCACAGCAUCACCGGAAUACUGAAAUCUGAAUAUAUGAAAGGGUAGUUUCCACUUCCCUCGGUGAAUUACUGCAGGACACAGAAUGAAUGAAGCCUAAAGGCAUGAAAAAAGACUGCACUACUAGAAGAAGCCCAGUCGCCAAGCACCACGGAAAUUAGAAAAAUUGACGAAAAACUAAGUGGGUCCUAUGGUUGUAUCUACU